AUGGAAUGCCGAUCUUCACAAGAGUUAACCCCAAGUCAAAAUGUAAACAGAGUUAAGGUUUUUGAAGAGAGGAUGAAAAAUCUUUCGAAAAAGAAGAAACUAGUAAUAGCAGCUACAGUUUUAGGAGCAUGUCUGUUGGUAGGAAGUCUAAUUGGUGGUGUUAGUUACGGAUAUAUAAGGCAUAAAAGAAAAAAAGAUAUGGAAGACGAGGAGUUUAUACAUAUAGAGAGUCCUGUGAGAAAUAGGGAUAGUAGAACUGAUAAUGAAAAAAAAUACAAGGGAGAAAAAAUAGUACACUUUUAUGAGGGUCCACCCAAAUCAGGCACAAUAAAAAAAGAUCAGGAUAUACUGGGGAAUGCAGACAUUCCAAAAGAAUCAUCAGCUUAUGACUCAGAUGAAGAUAUAUUUGUAGACGCAUAA